GUGAGGAAAUAAAAAGUAGCUGUUUGUUUAUACCAAAUCUCUCUUUUUUGCGUUCAAAAUCUCUGCGUUAUUUAAACUCGUAACCUUGUCUAGUAAUUGUUUACUAGCGAGAAAUUUGAUUUUUUUUUCUUAUAGUCACAACCCUUUAGCACGGAAUCUACUACGUCAUAGAACUGUGCAUAUACAUAGAAAUAUGUGUGUACAAAUCUGCAUUAUUAUGUGUUUACACAUAUACAUAUAUAUGUAUUUACACAACUACAAUAACAUGGAAGUACUAACUGAUUUUUUUAUUUCUCUGUGUAAUUUGGAGUUAAGCCAAUUUUGAUACCGGCCGCAACAGUUAACUACGAAACUCCAUCGCGCUCAGUACAUUUUAGCCGUUGCCGUCUAACUCGUCUGCAAAUAUACGCUCCUAAAAGGCAUAUCACACAUACAUAUAUAUAUAUAUAAAUAAGUACAUAUAUGCACAUUGAUAUCGGGUAUCCGAAAAAUUGAAAAGCUGAGCAUGUGAUAAAACUUAAAGAACUUUUUACUUUUGAUGUUAUAACGUUUAUAUUUUUCAAGUUACCAAAGUGUGUACGCGUUUUACAUUAGAUAUUCGUACUUUUCACCAUAUUUUUUGAAAAGUUCUUCGUAACGGUAUAUUUAGAAUGAGUGAAAACAAUGUUGAUUCAGCUGCAACAUCCAAGACAGCAUCAACUCCACCCGUGACACCGCCUCCAACUCCUAUACCGAAGGAAUUUAAGGCGCCACAAUUUCAAGAUGACAGCCUAAUACUUUAUUUUCAUCCAUAUAAUUUCCAUUCGCAAAAAGUUAUUCUGGUACUUUACGAAAAGAAUAUCGACUUUGUGCCAUAUGCCAUCGACUUGGCAAAUGGCGAGCAAUAUUCAACGUGGUUCCUUAAUCUAAAUCCCAAGGCAGACGUACCUGUUCUGCAAGAUGGCGCUUUUAUCAUACCAGAUUCGAAUCACAUCAUUAGUUAUGUGGAAAAUAAGUUUAGGGGAGCUAUGCAUAGUGCCUUAAAACCGCGCGGUAACAAUGAGGACGAAUACAAAAAAAUGGAGUUUUUCGAGACCAUAACUAGUCGAUUGCCUGUAGGUGCGCUUAGUUUGGGUUCUUUCAUUCAUGAUGAUCUAAAAUUAGCACCGAAACCGCCAUUUAUUGGGCCAAUACGCAAAUCAUGCUUGAAGAAUAAUGAGAAAGUUUACGAAAUAUUAAAAAGAUCCAUUGAUGAUGCAGAAACUAAUAAAAUUAAUCUAUUGCGCAAACUAGAUUUGCAAGAUAGACGCAAAAGGCUGGUCCAAUCUCGUGUGGAAUUUCAGAAAAUCCUUGACGCAGUCGAAAAUGUUUUGCGUUAUAUCGACAAUGAUUUUAAGGAAAAUCCUGGACGUGAAUGGCUUAUUUCAAACGAAUAUUCCUUAGCUGAUGUGAGUUUCGGUUUAUUACUGCAUAGGCUAUAUCAGUUGGGUUUCGAAAAUUACUACUGGUCGUAUGGUAAAAUGCCAUACGUCGAAAGUUAUUUUCUGCGUUUCAGAAAACGUACAGCCUAUCAAAAGCUAAUGCCUAGCAAUUUUAAAAUACUAAAAGAUAUUUGGCAGAACACACCUUCGAAUUAUAAGAUCGGUGCCGGUGCCGGAUUUCUGGGUAUGGCCAUGUUUGCAGCUCUAGCGCACAAAUAAUUGUAUAGAUUUUUACCGGUAGAUUUGAGGGCUAUGUGCAAUUUAAGACCAUCAGUAUUCAACCACCAUGGAAUCCGAUAAUACGUAUAGCAACAGCUGCAUCUUCUACAUGGCAAAUGCAACAACUUUUAAAUUUAUAACAGGUGUCGGUAAUAGAGGAACUUCAUGUAUUGCGGUAUAGGUAUUUGUUUUUAGAGAGUUGUAUCAAAUGUACGAACUUUAU